AUGGCGAUGUUCGGGAUCGCACAUACAAUGAAGACCCGAGUUGGAGACGACUUUAUCCGUUGUGUCUUUGACAAAGUUAUUGUCCUAAGCCACCAGGAACGAAUCGUUCGUUCUGGGUUCGAAGGAAAAGCACCACGAACACCUGACGAGUUUGCUCAAGUCUGGAAGAACAGCCAAAUUCGUGUUCAGCUCGACCAGAGCAUCACCAGCUACAUUGAGCAACAUGCUUUCCACGACAAGCACUACUAUGACUUCUUGGCUUCCCGACAGCAGGACCAGUCCAAGAACCAGCGCUCUCUUUCUCCAUUCACACUGUCCUACUGGGGCCAGGUUAAGUUGACAUUGUGGCGGAGUUGGCUGCUUUUUCUUGGCGAUCCCAGCACCACUGUAACCAUGUUCGCUAUGAACUUGCUUCAGGCGUUGAUCGUCAGCAGUAUCUUCUAUAGUUUACAGCCUGAUUCUUCCACCAUAUCCCGGCGCGGUAUCCUGAUUUUCUUCCUGGUCCUCAUGAACGCAUUCAGCAGUAUGUUGGAAAUUAUGACCCUCUACGCCAAAAGAAAAGUCGUUGAGAAACAUGCUCGAUACGCGCUGUACCAUCCUAGCGCUGAAGCAUUGGCGGCUAUGGUUUGCGAUUUGCCGUACCAGGUCGUCAACUGCAUCCUCAAUAAUAUCAUCAUCUACUUCAUGACAAACCUUCGUCGAGAACCAGGACCCUUCUUCUUCUUCUUGCUAAACAUAUUCGUCAUCACAUUGACAAUGUCUAUGAUGUUUCGGUUGAUGGGUUCACUGACUAAGACAAUCGCCCAGGCUCUCGCUCCCGCUUCGGCCAUCCUACUUGUCAUCAUGCUGUACACGGGGUAUGCUAUCAAGGUCCAAAACAUGCAGAAUUGGCUGGCGUGGCUGCGAUGGCUGAACCCAGUCCACUAUGGUUUCGAGAGCCUGAUGCUGAACGAGUUUGUUGGACGUACCUUUUCCUGCGCCAUGUUUAUUCCAUCUGGCGUUUCAUAUGGUUCCAUCUCCCCAAGGCAGCGCAUUUGCGCGGUUGCUGGAUCGCAACCCGGACAAGAUUUUGUUGAUGGCACGACAUACCUCGAUGUUUCAUACGGCUACGCUAACUCACAUCGCUGGCGGAACUUGGGGAUCAUGCAUGCGUACAUGGUGUUCUUUCUUGUCUGUCACUUGAUCGCAACCGAAUAUGUUGCUUCUGAACGUUUCAAGGGUGAGGUUCUGGUCUUUACACGAAAAGCAAUGGCCCAACGUAAGAAGGCCUUCCGCGCAGAUGUUGAGGCCACGCCAUCGCGUGCAGUGGUAGCUGCGCAGCAGGCCCAAAGUGGUCCCGCCAACAUCAAGUCUCAGACAUCUAUUUUCCAUUGGCCCAAUGUUUGCUACGAUGUCAAGAUUGGGAACGAGACGCGCCCCAUUCUUGAUCAAGUGGAUGGAUGGGUAAAGCCAGGCACCCUCACUGCUCUGAUGGGAGUAUCUGGCGCAGGCAAAACAACGCUCUUUGAUGCCCUUGCAAGCCGAAUUACAAUGGGUGUUGUUACUGGGCUCAUGCUCGUGGACGGCAGUCCUCGAGAUCAGUCAUUCCAGCGGAAAACGGGCUACGUCACGCAACAAGACCUUCACCUGCACACUUCAACUGUUAGGGAAGCUCUCGUAUUCAGCGCUCUGCUUCGCCAGCCUGCUAAGUACAGUAAUGCCGAAAGGGUCGCCUACGUUGAUGUUGUAAUCGACCUUCUCGAAAUGCAUGAAUAUUCCAACGCCAUUAUUGGUACUCCGGGUGAAGGGCUCAACGUUGAACAACGGAAGAGAUUGACUAUUGGUGUCAAGCUUGCUUCGCGGCCUGAACUGCUUGUCUUUCUCGAUGAACCAACGUCCGGUCUGGAUAGUCAAACCUCGUGGUCAAUCUGCAAUCUUAUGGAGAAACUCACAAAGGCCGGACAAGCCAUUCUCUGCACGAUCCAUCAACCGCCUGCUAUCCUCUUUCAGAGAUUUGACCGUCUUCUCUUGUUGGCAAAAGGCGGCAAGACUGUCUACUUCGGCGAUAUUGGUAAAAGUUCAUACAUCCUAACUGAUUACUUCGUUCGAAACGGAGGUCCUCCGUUACCUUUGGACGCCAAUCCUGCCGAAUACAUGCUGAACGUAAUUGGUGCUGCACCUGGGGUGCGUACAUACAUCGAUUGGCCAGCUGUUUGGCGCGCCUCGCCCGAAUAUCAAAGCGUCCAGCGCGAACUCAGUCGUCUUUCCUCGAGCCCAGUCCAGCCGACCAAGGAACUUGCCAAUUCCUCUACCGACUACACAGAGUUUGCUGCGAGCUACAGCUUGCAGUUCAAAGAGGUCGUUAGACGUGCUUUCCAGCAGUACUGGCGUAGCCCUUCCUACAUCUAUUCUAAGGCCUUCUUAUCAAUUGGCGCAGCCAUCUUCAUCGGCUUAUCGUUCCUCAACGCGAAUAAUACCCAGAGUAGACUUCAGAACCUAAUGUUUGGUGUCUUCAUUUUCUUGACUGUCUUCAGCCAGCUUGUUGAUCAGAUCAUGCCUGUCUUUGUAUCCCAGCGGAUGAUGUACGAGGCCCGUGAACGUCCAGCGAAGGCAUACUCAUGGACGGCAUUUCUUGUGGCCAACAUUGUGGCGAUGAGUGUAUUCAGCUUCCUCCUGUGGUACUUUCCCAUGGGUCUCUACCGCAACGCUCGUGAAACUGGUACACAACACUCGCGUAGCACAACCAUAUUUCUAUUUACUUGGGCUUUCUUCAUUUUCACCACCAGCUUCGCUUUCCUUGCCAUUGCAGGGCUAGACAGCGCUGAGGUGGCUGGAGGUAUUGUUGGUCUCCUGACCAUCAUGAUGUUCACCUUCUGCGGCGUUGUAGCUACUCCAGACAAAAUGCCUGGCUUCUGGAUUUUUAUGUACCGCUGCAACCCCUUCACCUACUUUGUGGAGGGCUUCCUCGGCACUGCGCUAGCUAACGCCAAAGCAACUUGCGCUGCGAACGAAUACUUGCAGUUCGAACCCCCCAACGGUUCGACGUGCGGUGAUUACAUGAUGCAGUACAUCAAAGAUCGUGGUGGUUUCGUGCGGGAUCGCGAUGAUACCUCUCUGUGUGAGUUUUGUCAGCUAGACCAGACGAAAAACUUCCUAAAUGGUGUCAACAUUAACUUUGAUAACCGUUGGAGGGAUUUUGGACUCAUGUGGGUGUUCGUCAUCUUCAAUCUUGGCGCCGCAGUCUUCCUCUACUGGCUCGCGCAUGUGCCGAAGGUGAAGAAGUCCACUAGCAGUUAG